AUGCCUGCCAGUCAGCCUCUUUGCUACCCAAGAUACGACGGCCAACCUACUAGUAAUGGAGUCCCGAUUCCACCGCUUCUGCCUCUCGUACCGCCGCGGACAUUCUCCACCGCUCUCUACCACAAUCUCCCUGAGCCAGCGAAUGUAGCAAACUACAGAAGGACGUCUCAUUUGGUCCCAGCAGCGAGCCCACGAUCGCUCACCUUUACAUCGCCUUUGCGUGAAGACGCGACGAGGAGCGAGCGCGUCGACGCAAAAUCCCUUGCAAAGGCACUCAUCGACGCGAAGAUAGAUUUCGAGACGGGACCGGCGCAGAGACAGUACAAAGGACGGUCGCAGGCCACGCUGUGGAACUGCGUAGAUCGCUAUGUCCGUCGGAGUCCUCCAAUCGACCACCGCAACCGCGGCAUCACGUUGUUCCUGACCCACGCGACUGGCUCGCCUCGUCAGAUUUGGGAGCCCACCCUAAUCCGCCUGUUUGGCCACGCGCAAGCAGUGUCGUCGCUGCUGAUUGACGAGAUAUGGUCGUUUGAGUCCGUGCAGCAUGGUGACUCUGGCGUCCUGAACGACGCAGAGCUGCGCGAUGUAUUCGACUGGCAGGAUCAGACUCGCGAUAUCCAUAAUUUUGUCCUCCAUUACUUGCCUACCCACUGCUCUGCCGCAUCCCUCCCUCUCCAUCUAGAAUACAUCGAGGCCCGUCCUGAGCAACGCCCGAUCAUCGGAAUCGGACAUUCGUAUGGAGGAACCACGCUCAUACGGGCUGCAAUAGCUAAACCUGAGUUAUUCCAGCGUCUCAUCCUGGUUGAACCAAUGAUCACUCCCCCGACUUUCACUCGUGGAAAGGGGCUGAACCUCCUGCUCUGGAGCGCGCUCGGGAAGCCGAGUCAAUGGUCGUCCAGGGCGCAUGCGAAAAGCGACCUGUCACAGUCCAGGGUGGCGAAGGCUUGGCACCCGGAUGUCAUCGACAUCUUCGUCAAGCACGGGCUCGUCGGGUGCGGCGAUGCGAGGGCACCGGACACUGUUCGCCUGAAGACACGGCCGUUCGACGAGGCCGUUGUCUACUGCGAGUGGAACGUGUGCUAUGAGGCGUGGACGGGCCUGAAGGACAUCCCUCCUGGGCUCAGCCUCCACUGGAUUAUGAGUGCCAAGUCAAAUGCGACGACUGGUGGAACAGCCAUGACACAAGAAACCGUGUGGAGAAGGGCUGAGAACGCCAGCAAUGUCCGCGUGGACGCGGGUCACCUUAUCGUUCACGAGGCGCCUGACGAAUUGGCUCGCGAGCUCAUCAAAGCCCUAUCUGGGUGCCCGUUAGUUCCGCUGCCCAAGUCCCAGCUGUAA